ACAAUUACACUUACACUCAUUUCAAACAUCAUUGAUUCACUUUUCACUCAUCAACCCUGUCGUCUCAAUGCUUUUGAGCCUCCGGCGAGCCAACGCACUGCGUGUUAGGGUUCCGAUUCUCUCUCCUCUCCAACUCUACACACACUCAGCAUCCCCCAUCGAAUCCCUUACCAAACCCCAGCUCAAAACCCUAGUCCUCUCCCAAUACCGCCAUGGCAAGUUUUUCAACCUCCUCCAAAACGUCGUCGCUUCGCCCUCCCUCCUCCUCUCCGCUUGCCACAAUCUCACUCCCCGUCCUUCCCACAACAAUGCCACCGAACCCAGUUCCUCCGAGCCUCUCAAUCUCAACUGGGUCUCCGAUAAUUUCUUCUCUGUCGAUGAAAUUGCGACCCAGCUCGCUCAGAAUCGCUUCGACAUCGAGUCGUGUUGCGUGGCGGUGCACUCGUCGAGGAAUCGAGGUGAGUCUCUUGUUCUUCCCAAUUUGAAGCUCAAAGUUGUCAUUGAAGCUAUUAGGAUGGUUUUAGAAGUUGUUUAUGAUGAUCGUUUCGCUACAUUUUCUUAUGGCGGGCGUGUCGGUUUGGGACGGCAUACUGCGGUUCGGUACCUUAAGAACACAGUAGAAAACCCUAGUUGGUGGUUUAGUGUGUCUUUUGAUGGCCACAAUAGGUUUGAUGUUAAUCAUGUUGAGAAAUUAUGUUUGAUUAUUGAAGAGAAAAUUGGAGAUAAGACAUUGCUUGAUAUGAUAAAGAGGUUGUUGGAAUGCAAAGUGGUGAGAAUUGAAUUGGGUGAAUGUUAUUUAGGGAGAGGAUUUCCUCAAGAAAGUGGAUUGAGUUCGAUUUUAAUUAAUAUUUACUUUAAUGGGUUUGAUAAAGAAAUUCAAGAGUUACGGCUUCAAACGAACAGGGAAAAUCCCAAUUUUGAGUUGAAUGAGCUUGUUUCAAAGUCUAGUAAUAUUUUCUAUAAGCCCUUAAAGAUUUAUGUGGUUAGGUACUUGGAUGAGAUACUAGUGAUCACGUCUGGGACAAAGUUGUUGACAAUGGAUUUGAAGAAUAGGGUUGUAAAAUAUUUGGAAAAUAAUUUGGAAUUGAGGGUAGAUAGAGUGAAAACAGCUAUUCAUAGCGCAGUUUCUGAGAAAAUUGAUUUUUUGGGCAUGGAACUUCAGGCUGUUUUGCCCUCAGUUUUGCAUCCGCCAAUGUCUGAAAAAGCAAUUAGGGCAAGGAAGAAAUACCUCAGACAAAAGGAAGUUAGAGCUUUGGAGUUGAGAAAUGCUAGAGAGAGUAAUAGGAAGAAACUUGGGUUGAAAAUUAUGGGGAAUAUCUUUAAGAAAUUGAAACGGAGUAAUGGAUUUAAAUUAGACUUUCACAUUGAGAAUGAAGUUAGACAAAUAUUUAGAACAUGGGGCGAUGAAGUAGUGCAAGACUUUUUUGGGUCUUUGGGGGAACGGUGGAAGUGGCACCGGAUGCUUUCUUCUGGUGACUUCCUCUCUUUGAGAAAGAUUAGAGAUCAAUUGCCCCAAGAGCUUGUGGAAUCAUAUGACAACUUUCAAGAGCAAGUUGACAAGUAUUUGAAGCCUGUGAAACUUAGGAAGGAAUUAGAGGAAGAAGAGAGGAGGAUAGAAGAGGAAGAGGAACGGAAAUAUGCUGAAAGAACAGUUGAUGAUUUGACAAAGCUGUGUGUUAAAGUUGAUGCUCCCAUAGAACUUGUAAGGAAGGCAGUUAAAAUCGCUGGAUUUACAAAUCAUAUGGGUCGGCCUAGGCCAAUCAGCUUACUCAUGGCUCUUGAAGAUACUGAUAUCGUCAAGUGGUAUGCAGGUGUAGGGAGAAGAUGGCUUGAUUUCUUCUGCUGCUGCCACAACUUCAAAAUGGUGAAAACUGUUGUAACUUAUCACCUAAGGUUCUCCUGUAUCUUGACAUUAGCAGAAAAGCAUGAAGCCACCAAGCGUGAGGCCAUCCGACAUUAUACUAAAGAUUUGAAAGUUUCUGAUGUGAAUGGAACCGAAGAAGUGCACUUUCCUUCAGAAAGUGAGAUUAAAAUGAUGGGAGAUAAUAAUCUUUCAGAUCCAAAACCUGUGGAUGGGGCUUUAACAAUGGCUUUGAUCAGAUUGGCUUCUGACGAGCCUUCAUACCACUGUGUAGCUCAUUUUUGUGACAGAACAGAUACUAUUGUGUACCGAAUUCGGUUACUGCAAAAUGAUCUGAAUUUGAACCCAUUAGAUGAAAAGAAAUGGGUUUCGGGGAUGGGCACAAUUCAUGAAUGUUUGAACCGGAAGUGUCUCCAUCUAUGUUAUGAUCAUAUAAGUGCAUUGUACAUGGGGAAACUUACUCUUCAAGACAUAGACUGUACUUCAUUUGUGGAUGUGGACUGAAUGGUUUUUGUUUUCCCCUCCUCCAUAAUACUAUUAUGGAUUAUGAUUGGUUCUAAAGGCUGUUCCUAACAUGAAGCUGAUCUGGAUAAAUUGUUGUAAUUUUUUUACUCCACUGAAGAUGGAUUAUUCAUUUAUACAAUUCUUUUCAUUCAAAGUUACAUAGUAAUUUGGCAUGUUUGUGAUACUAGAGGAAUGCUUCACAAAUGCUAGUCUAAGUUAUUGAAGUUGAUGAAUCCUCAUAGUAAGUUCUAGUAACUGACGAUAUAGAGAUGCUGAUCAGAAUGUUGAUCAACCUUAUUUCCAUAACCUAAAGUUGUUCUUUGGGCUUUAGGUGGAUGUAAGCAUUACUAUAAAACUAUUUUCUGGUUCAUUGAGCUCAUACGAUUGACUUGUUGCAAA